UGAGUUCAGAGUUGCCGAGUCUUCCCAGUCCACCGCGCCUGGCGCAGGCGCGGUACCUCGGGGGCCAAGGACCUGCAGCCCCGCCUCGGUGAGGAAGCCCCGCCUGCGCCCCUUGGCGGCUCGGGUCUCCUGUGGCUACGCGGCAGCGAUGCCCCGCUAUUGCGCAGCGAUUUGCUGUAAGAACCGCCGGGGACGAAAUAAUAAAGAGCGGAAGCUUAGUUUUUACCCGUUUCCUCUACAUGACAAAGAAAGACUUGAAAAAUGGUUAAAGAAUAUGAAACGAGAUUCAUGGGUUCCAAGUAAAUACCAGUUCCUGUGUAGUGACCAUUUUACUCCUGACUCUCUUGACAUCAGAUGGGGUAUUCGCUAUUUGAAACAAACUGCAAUUCCAACAAUAUUUUCUUUGCCUGAAGACAAUCAGGAGAAAGAUCCUUCCAAAAAAAAAUCUCAGAAGAAAAAAUUGAAAAGUGAGAAAGAAGUAUGCCUAAAAGCCAAGUCAGAAGAAUCUUUUUCAUCAAAUGAGCCAAAGAAGCAUCCAGUUAAUACAGAUCUCCUCCCUGAACAUGCAGAAUUACUUGAAUCAUCUGCCUUGGUAAAGCCACCAGAUCCAAAAGCAGAAAGUGUGCAAAAUAACAUAUUAACUCUUAGUCUAGUUAAAGAAGAUACCAGAAAACCAGCAUCUACCUUGCAAACAUCAGUUAACCAAGACAUGGGUAUAGGUGGUUUUCACACAUCAUUUGAGAAUCUAAGUUCUACAACUAUUACUUUGACAACUUCAAAUUCAGAGGGUAUUCAGCAGCCUUUAGAAACCCAAGAAGUGAUUGAAAUAACUACUAAUCAUCUUGCUAGCCCACACUUUACAAAUAAUUCUGUGGAAAUUAAGUCAGCACAGGAAAAUCCAUUCAUAUUCAGCACAGUUACUCAAACAGUUGAAGAAUUAAACACUGAUAAAGAAUCCGUUAUUGCCAUUUUUGUACCUACAGAAAAUUCCAAACCUGCAAUUAAUUCUUUUAUACCUGCCCCCAAAGAAACAGUGGAAAUGGAAGAAGAUAUAGACAUUGAAGACUCAUAUAAGGAUGAAGACUAUGAGUCAGAAGUUUUACAGAUUGAGCAUUCUUACUGCAGACAAGAUAUAAAUAAGGAACAUCUUUGGCAGAAAGUGUCUAAACUACAUUCAAAGAUAACUCUUCUUGAGUUACAGGAACAACAAACUCUAGGGAGAUUGAAGUCUUUGGAAGCUCUUAUAAGGCAGCUAAAACAGGAAAACUGGCUAUCUGAAGAAAAUGUCAAGAUUAUAGAAAACCAUUUCACAACAUAUGAAGUUACUAUGAUAUAGAUCAAGAGGUUUUCAAGUUUGUGGCUUUCAUGUAAGAUUUCUGUUAGCCAAACCAAAUUCUGUGUAAAGUGAACUUUUUCCUGUGUAAAGUUCUUAACCUUAGUGAAGCUCAGCAAGUGCUCUAAUGUUAUGAACUGCAUCCUAUUCUUGUUAUGCUCAUUUUUUGAAAACAACUAGAGAGUUGUUGGGUAGAUGACAUUUCAUUGCUUGUUAAUUUUUCAAAUUUAAAGUAAAAAUACAGUGAAUAAGUAAUAUGAUUCAGUCAUAAAAUGAGAGAACACAGAUAUGGUAAACAAGAGCCCAGAAUAGAAGUCAGAUUCCGGAAUCAGUCGUGAUUCCACCAUUGAGAUGUGUCUUGGACAAGUUACUUAUUGAGUCCUAGUCUCUUAAUUUGUAGAAGGAGGGCACUUAACUAGAUCUCUUACAUAGUCUGUUUCUUUGUAGUUUCUUCCCUUUUUAGAAGAUACUUUUAAUGGAACAAGUUUUCUGUAUGAUAAUCUUAUACUUACACAAAAGUGGAUGCUGGCUAGAAUUUUCUAUUACCUGUUGGAAUUGUCUCAAAAUUCUGUGUUGCUUGACCUUUGGGCUGUAAUUGUUUGUAUUAUACAGCUUCCUUGUUGGCUCAAGCAGUAAGGAAUCCACCUGCAGUGCAGGAGAUCCAGGCUUGAUCCCUGGGUUGGGAAGAUCCCCUGGAGAAGGGAAUGGCAACCCACUCCAGUAUUCUUGCCUGGAGAAUCCCAUGGACAGAGGAGCCUGGAGGUCUACAGUCUGUGGGGUCACAAAGAGUCGGACAUGACUGAGUGACUAAUAUUUUUUGUAUUUUACCGGAAAAUACUCCUGUUAGGUUUUAUUCCAGUUGAACUAAAAUAAGGAAUCAACCAUUAGCCUAAUUCCUAGGAGAGGUACUUUAAACUUGAAAGAAUAUGUAUCUUAUAUGUAGCUGACCAUCAUAAUACAGAGUUAUUUAAACUUCUUGACACCCUGCAAUUAAAGUUAUUUUUAUAAACCAAAAAUUUCAAUGAGGUUAAUUUUUUAAAUAUUUUUUAGGAAUUAACAGUUUGUAUCUAUUUAAAAUGUAUAACCUUUAAACAUGUGCUUGUGUCCUUUUAAAAUUCCAGAAUAAUAGAAUAAUACUUAUUAUUAUACCUUCCCACUUACGUGUAUUUUAUUAAAAGAAAUUAUAGAUAGGUGGUGAUGACCAUGGCUUUCCAGGUGGUGCAAUGAUAAAGAAUCUGCCUGCCAAUGCAGGAGAUGCUGGUUGAUCCCUGGGUUGGAAAGAUUCCCUGAAGUAGGGAAUGGCAAGCCACUCCAGUAUUCUUGCCUAAAAAAUUUCUUGGACAGAGUAGCCUGACAGGCUACAGCCCAUGAAGUUGCAAAGAGCUGGACGCGACUGAGCACGCACACGUGGUAAUGACCUUAGGGAGACAAGUAGGAAACAGAUGAAGGAUGGUUUUUUUAUUUCUAUGAGGUAGUAAAUGUGUUUUGGUGCUGGAAAAUAGGAUGUGCUCAAUAAAUAGUUGACUACAUAGCAGAUAGUAUUUUAAUUGUUUUUCUAAGUGGAUGGUGAUUAUUUGGGGUCAUAUUUCACUUAGUUUUUUAGGCUAAUAAAAUAAUAAUAUAUGAAUGUGUGUCACCUAAUGAUAAAAACAAGUUGAUCAGAGGUGUCCUUAUAACCUUGGUGGGGGAAAUCCUUAACAUUUUUGUAUAAAUUAUGUACAUAUAACUAAUAAAGUUGAUAUAUUAUUUUUAAGUUCCAUUUUGAUAAUAUUGAAAAUACAUACUCUAAAUGUAAAUAGCCCUUUUAAGUCAUUUUAAAGUGUUGUACAUUGUAAUUAUGUUCUAUUUUUAGUUUACUCAGGAAUAAUUUGGGAGAUGGCAAUGGCAACCCACUCCAGUACGCUUGCCUGGAGAAUCCCAUGGGAGGAGCCUGGUAGGCUGCAGUCCAUACAGUCACUAAAAAAGAGUCGGACACGACUGAGCAGCUUCACUUUCAUGCAUUGGAGAAGGAAAUGGCAACCCACUCCAGUGUCCUCCCCUGGAGAAUCCCAGGGACGGGGGAGCCUGGUGGGCUGCCAUCUAUGGGGUCGCACAGAGUUGGACACGACUGAAGCAGCUUAGCAGCAGCAGCAAGAAUAAUUUAAACUAAUUGUAUUUUUUUUAAUUACUAUAUUACACGUAUCUAAGAUACUCUUGACUUUUGUAUAUUCAGUUCAGAAUGUUCCAACUCAGUUAACUGUUAAAUUUUAUAUGGGGGUUUUGACCAACUUUAUUUCUUACUUGGAUUAUUAUAGGAACUUCUUAACUAGUAGUACGUAUAUUUUGGAUCUCCUGCUUUUGUGUCUUCCUGGACUCUGCUGUUAAGUUUUUUACCUAGACUAUACAUCUAGCUGUAUCACCUGUGUGCCACUUAACUGUCCUAGCUCAGAAAUCGGUAAUCACCCUUUAAUACCUACAGAAUAAAUCAAAACUUGUUUCCAUCAUGUUUAUUAUCCUCUGUGAUUCUGUUCAUCCUGUGUUCUAGCCAUACUGGAAUCUUAGCACUUCUCAAACAUGCUAACUUUGUCUUUCUGCUUAUUUUGUUCUCUAAAUUCAACCAGUUAAAACUGCAUUUCAACUUUUACCAAUCAAAAUUACUUUUCUUUGUUUCUACGGGGCUUGUAUUAUAACACUGUAGCAGUGCUUAUGCGUUUUUUUAAAUUCAUUUUCGUUGGAGUAUAGUUGCCUUUGUUCAUCCUUUUUUUAUAUCAUGAUGUUAUGGCUUUCUGUUCGACUUGACUGCUUUUUUUUAAAAAUUCUAGUGUUUAUUGAAUAAAUGAAAAUACAGCUUUUAAGGAUCAAAGAGACGUGUUCACAUGGGCUGGGGGAAGGUAAUGUGAUGAAGUAAGAAGUAAAAGCAGACAAGAGCAUCCCUGGCUUCAUCACCAGGGCUCAGCUUCACUUUUGCUUCACUGACUAUGUAAUGUUCACUCAAUAAAGGUUUGGAUGAAUAUUCUGAA